ACAUCAACAGUAUUGGACCCCACUUUCUUCUUAAUUUUUCAUUCAAUUCUUCUCCCAACCAUCUCUUUGCUGUCUUCAUAACUAUCUCAUUUCUUGUACGAAUCAAGAAUUUUUUUUCAUUUUUGAAACCAAAUAAAUAAAUAAAAAUCUCAUUAUCUUGUUAGAGAUAAAAAGAGAAACAACCAAAAAGAAAGAAGAAGAAGUGUUUGUUCUGUUUCAGUCAUUCAAGUUCAUGAGAAUAGAAACGAGUCCAAGUUUGUUGUUCAUGCAAAAUUCUCAUGACUCUGUUACACUCCUGAAUUUCUUCUACUUAUAUUCCAUUCAAUAACUUUUCUUCUUCUAUCAGUUCAACGUUCACACACUUUUUCCAUUUCCUCGACAAACUCCUUUUUUUCUCUCACUUUUCUCGAAUUCUUUUUUUUUUUUUUUCUCUCAACGAAACAUAAAUCCUCUGUUUUGGUUUAAGAGAUGGAGAUAGAAGCAAGCAGACAACAAACCACCGUACCGGUUUCAGUCGGCGGUGGGAAUUUUCCGGUUGGUGGGUUAAGUCCGUUGAGUGAAGCUAUAUGGAGAGAGAAAGCUCCAACGGAGUUUGUCGGAGACGUGUCAGCGAGGCUUACGUGGCAAGAUCUGACGGUGAUGGUGACUAUGGGAGAUGGUGAGACUCAAAAUGUUCUUGAAGGUCUUACCGGUUACGCUGAACCGGGAUCUCUCACGGCUCUCAUGGGCCCUUCCGGCUCCGGGAAAUCUACUAUGCUCGACGCAUUAGCUAGCCGCCUCGCUGCUAACGCUUUUCUCUCCGGCACCGUUCUUCUUAACGGCCGCAAAACCAAACUCUCCUUUGGAACAGCUGCAUAUGUGACCCAAGACGAUAACUUGAUUGGUACGUUAACUGUGAGAGAGACGAUUUGGUAUUCAGCGAGAGUUCGUCUUCCGGACAAGAUGUUACGGUCGGAGAAGCGUGCUCUAGUGGAAAGGACAAUAAUAGAGAUGGGUCUUCAGGAUUGUGCAGAUACUGUCAUAGGAAAUUGGCAUUUGCGUGGAAUUAGUGGUGGAGAGAAGAGAAGAGUCAGUAUUGCUCUUGAGAUUUUAAUGAGACCUCGUUUGCUGUUUCUCGAUGAGCCAACAAGUGGUCUUGAUAGUGCUUCUGCUUUCUUUGUGACUCAGACUUUGCGUGCUUUAUCACGAGAUGGAAGGACGGUGAUAGCAUCGAUCCACCAACCGAGCAGUGAGGUUUUUGAGUUGUUUGAUCGGUUGUAUCUGCUUUCUGGAGGCAAAACUGUUUACUUUGGUCAAGCUUCAGAUGCAUAUGAGUUCUUUGCACAAGCUGGGUUUCCAUGUCCUGCGUUAAGGAACCCUUCUGAUCAUUUCCUGAGAUGCAUAAACUCAGACUUUGACAAAGUUAGAGCCACUUUGAAAGGUUCUAUGAAGCUAAGGUUUGAAGCAAGCGAUGAUCCGUUGGAAAAGAUUACCACAGCCGAAGCUAUUAGACUAUUGGUUGACUAUUACCACACUUCUGAUUACUACUACACAGCAAAGGCUAAGGUUGAGGAGAUAUCCCAAUUUAAAGGGACUAUUCUUGACUCCGGAGGCAGCCAGGCUAGUUUCCUUCUGCAGACCUACACUUUAACAAAGCGAUCAUUCAUCAACAUGUCAAGGGACUUUGGUUAUUACUGGCUCAGACUUCUAAUUUACAUCUUGGUCACAGUCUGCAUUGGAACCAUCUAUCUGAACGUUGGGACUAGCUACAGCGCCAUUCUGGCACGGGGCUCAUGUGCGUCUUUCGUCUUUGGCUUUGUAACAUUCAUGUCAAUUGGUGGAUUUCCUUCGUUCGUUGAAGACAUGAAGGUCUUCCAAAGAGAGAGACUAAACGGGCACUAUGGAGUAGCUGCGUUUGUGAUAGCCAACACAUUAUCUGCAACACCAUUCCUGAUCAUGAUAACUUUCAUCUCCGGGACAAUCUGUUACUUCAUGGUGGGUCUGCAUCCAGGAUUCACUCACUACCUCUUCUUUGUUCUCUGCCUCUAUGCAAGUGUCACCGUUGUGGAGAGCUUAAUGAUGGCAAUUGCUAGUAUUGUUCCCAACUUCCUCAUGGGUAUCAUCAUCGGAGCUGGAAUCCAGGGGAUCUUCAUGCUGGUUUCUGGAUUCUUCAGGCUUCCAAAUGACAUCCCAAAACCUUUCUGGCGUUACCCAAUGUCCUACAUCAGCUUCCACUUCUGGGCUCUACAAGGUCAGUACCAGAAUGAUCUGAGAGGCUUGACGUUUGACAGCCAAGGGAGUGCUUUCAAGAUUCCGGGUGAAUAUGUUCUUGAGAACGUCUUUCAGAUCGACUUGCAUCGAUCAAAAUGGAUUAACCUCAGUGUGAUUCUUAGCAUGAUUAUCAUCUACCGCAUCAUCUUCUUCAUCAUGAUUAAGACCAACGAGGAUGUUACUCCUUGGGUCAGAGGUUACAUAGCACGCAGAAGGAUGAAGCAGAAGAAUGGAACUCAGAACACCACAGUUGCACCAGAUGGUCUUACCCAGUCUCCUUCUCUGAGAAAUUACAUUGCUACACGAACAGAUGGAGCUCGCAGAUGGUAGAGCUUGAUCCUGUCCAGUGUUUGAAGAUACUUCAUGAAAAUUGAUCAAAGCAAAGCCACCAUAUUUCACUAGGCCUGCAAUAUCAAAACUCCAUGUAAUGUGACAGCAGAGAAACUUCGAGUGUGUUAGUUAUAGAAAUAUUAAAACCACGGAUUUGUCUAAAAUAAUCACUACUACAUUUAUUUUUCUACUUUGGUAUUAACAAGUACCAUCUUGUUGCAUUACAGUUUGCAUUGUGCCGAAAUUACAGCAGAUAGAUUAAGUUGUGAAUUGUUACAAGCUUUGUUUGUACAUGUUGAAAUGAAAAUUGAGUUCUGAGUUCUGACAAGUGUUACACCUGAAGAACCUCAAAGAAUGACUACUAGUUCUUCCUGGAACAGGCUUGUAAUUAAACUUCAUUAGCUUCUGCUUCAGCACUCAUCUGCUUUUGCUGUGUGCUGUUCUCAUCUGAUCACUUGCCCAUGGUAGACCAACGAAACACUGUAAGCAAUCACAAGGGGGAGCAGUGAACAUAAUAUAAAGUGACAAGUCAUGAAUGCCCUACAUCACUAGCCUCUAAAAUCUCUCAAAUAUGAUCAAACCAAUGGCGCAUUUUGCUCUUCUGAAUCGCGAUAUACAUGCCAUUUU